GGAGAAAGAAGAUGGCGGCGCCCGCAACGAAAAACGCGAGUGGAGCUUGUGUGAUUCCAGGAGGAUUUACAGUGCUGUCUCUGAAGUUUCAUACGAACAGUUCAGCGCAGCAUCAGCUCUGUGUGAAGGAACAUCGAGUUCGGGCGGAGAAGAGCGAGCACAGACCGACAGACAGAACGCUGUUCAUCCUCAACGUACCGCCGUACUGCUCUCAGAGUAUACUGAAGGACUUGUUCUCUCAGUUCGGGCCGGUUCAGACUGUAGAACUGAGUGAGAAACCCGGAGCGCCGGAGGAAAAACAUCCCGACCUGUCGCCUCAUUUCAAACCUCCAAACAAACAGUGUUUUAAGGUGGCCUACGUGGUGUUCAAACACCCGUCCGGUGUGGCGGCGGCUAAAGCUCAUCCGUACGACUCCCCGCUCGUCGUCUCCAGCAGAGAGAAACCGCUGCACACCGGAGUCAGGAAGUGGAUUCACGAGUACAGGCGCUCGUUCGUGAAGACCGAGACCCUACAGCAGGCCGUCGACGACUUCAUGAGCCGGUUCGACAAGAGUAAGGACGAGGAGGCGGAGCGUCAGAAGAAGGAGGCCGAGCAGCAGCAGGAGGACGAGGACGGCUGGACCAAAGUCACCAAAGGAGGCAAGGGCGCCAAGUCCCGGCCGCACAGCGAGGCGGCCGACCAGAGGACCGUUCAGAAGGAACACAAGAAGAAGAAGCGCAAGGAGCUGCUGAACUUCUACUCGUGGCAGCACCGGAACACACAGAAAGAACAUAUCGCUGAACUGAGAAGAAAGUUUGAGGAAGAUAAGCAGCGCAUCGCUCUGCUCCGAGCACAGAGGAAAUUCAGGCCCUAUUGAGUUACAUUACCCACAAUCCCCUUCUCUUAUCAUUAUUCCAUCAGUUCUGUACAGCUCCAAAACUCUCCACACUCUCAAGACUUUCCACACUUUGCUUUUGUAUUUAAAAUAAAAAUAAGGUUGGAUCUUU